AUGGCCGGCAUGCUCGACUCGGACCGCUCACGUUCACGACGAGAAAGGACGUUUGUUGGAGGGGAAUGCGCCGCUUGCGAAGAGCUUUUGGAGCAUACACUGAGGGGCGAGAGGGUUUUACAAUUUUCCUGUGGCCAUGUCGCUCACGAGGCUUGCUUUUACGAAUACAUCCGCGACUCGGACUCCCAGUACUGCCCGACAUGCGAUGCCCCCUUGAGCCUGGAUUCCUUCCGGGGAGGCAGCAUCCUGGAUUUGACCAAAUUGAGUAAUAUGGUUCGAGCGGUCGCUUCCAAAGACGUAUCUUCGCCGCGGAGUUCACAAAAUACACCCAUGCCCUGGGAGGCCAGCCGACAAGUGGUCCAAGAUGACUCCUACAGCUCACAAGGAAUGAGUGAGAGACUCAGCCGCGAGAACACCAACCGAGAUAGUCGAGACAGUCAAAGAAUGCGCAUCGAACGCCUCGGCAUUGGUCAUGGCCCUCACGGAUCGCAAACUCAUUCACGCAACGACAGUGGCAAUGCUUCCUCGACUGAUUACACCAACGACCAUGCCGGUCACCCACGAAAGCAUGAUUACGAUCUCCACGCCAUGGAAACGACUGUCCCAGGAACUCAGAUCAAAGAUAUCAAGCAACCCAUCCCGGUUCCCACCGUUACCGUUCGCAGCGAGUAUCCGACCUUGACCCGGUCACGUCAACAGCAGACCGUUACAUGUUUAGUUACUAUUGAAGUGCCCGAAGGUAAAUUCCAUGGCCCAAUGGAUGAAAUGCAGAACACGCCCCCGGUCCCUCCACUGCCCAGCGACUCUGGAGUCGGUAUUCCCGCAAUGCAUAGGCAUCAAGAAACUCAGCAGCCACCUCUCGGGUACGAAUCUGCCGAAAUCCUCGACGAAAUCACCGAGGAGCUGAGGAUGCGAGUGGAUAACUGGCACGGGCUUGAGUUUCAGAGAUUUGGCAAAUUACGUCUGCACAGUGUUAUCAGAGUUGGCAAGGACCGCCACUCGUGGCAAGAGCUUGAGUGUUACCUGUUUGGAGAGAUGCUCAUUUGCGUCAAGGAGAAGAAGAACGCCCAGCCUCCAUUGAUCACCGAGUCCGGCCGCAAACUGACGAGGUGUACCUUGAAAGGCUCUAUUCUGAUCAAGAAACACUUGCGACAGGUGCAUGCAUCUCCCGAUGAGUGCAUCUUGACGUUAAACCUGUCAGUAGCAGAGUUGCCAACCUUUCACCUUUUGUUCCAGGAUCGCGAGAAGCUGGAAAUCUGGCAACGAGCAUUACGAGACCUUCAUGCCACCGAACCCUCUCCUCGCUUCAACCACGACUACGAACAAGAUACCUCGGGCACGGAUGAAGAAGAAUACGGUCGCCAGAAUCGAGCCGUUCGACGCGUGCCUUCUGUUGCGUCGUCUUACGGAGGGCCACGGUCGGCCACGACGGCGGCCACGGAAUAUUCCAUGUCAAAGAACAUGGUUGACAGGCGAGUCCCUCCGUCACUACAUGUCCCGAUCGAUAUUGUGGUUGUUAUUCCCGUGUCAUCUUCUAUGCAAGGUCUGAAAAUCACCCUAUUGAGAGACACACUGCGAUUUCUCGUGCACAAUUUGGGCGAUCGAGAUCGGAUGGGUCUCGUUACCUUUGGUUCAAGUGGCGGAGGCGUUCCGGUGGUUGGAAUGACGACCAAGACAUGGGGUGGAUGGAACAAAGUCCUCAACUCGAUCCGCCCCGUGGGACAAAAGAGUUUGCGGGCGGAUGUGGUUGACGGCGCCAACGUGGCAAUGGAUCUCCUGAUGCAACGCAAGGCCGCAAAUCCGAUCUCGACCAUUCUCCUGAUCAGCGAUUCCUCGACUUCCGAAAUGGAAGGGGUGGACUUCGUUGUUCAGAGAGCCGAAGCUGCAAAGGUUGGUAUCUACUCCUUCGGCCUUGGACUUACCCACAAGCCAGAAAGCAUGCUGGAGCUAUCGAACCGAACAAAAGCGUCGUAUCUAUACGUCAAGGACUGGAUGAUGCUCCGCGAAUGUGCUGGAGGUGUUCUAGGCGCUCUUCAGUCGAUAUCACACCAGAAUGUGAAGCUCAAGCUCAAGCUGCCUGAAGGGUCCCCUGCCAAGUUUGUCAAAAUUAACGGUGCCCUCCAGACGACCAAGAGAGCCACUGGUCGGGACGCUGAAGCAAGCUUGGGAGAUCUUCAUUUCGGCGACAAGCGCGAUGUGUUGGUGCAGUUGGUGAUUGAUCCGGAUACCUCGACCUCGGAGCCGGCGCCACAGGACGCUUGGGAAUCUAUCGUGUCUGGGCUCGAAGCCCUAGGUGGUUCGCUUGAUACCGAUGACCAGAGGGUUCAGAGUGUGGAGGAACUGCCUCUGCUCCAGGCCGAUCUCUCAUUUGGCGACUUGCACCGCGAAGGCUCGAUCGUACAACUACCCCGGCCAUCCCUGCUGACCAUCACCAUGCUGCCCUCGAACCGCCGCUCACGCCAGAAUGGAAGGCCGCCGACACCUCCGAUCCCUCCGCAUCCCUCCAUUGUCCAAAGGCGUAUGGAGUUGUUGACGUCCGACAUGUUAAGCCGCGCCCUCACUCUUGUCCAGCGUGGUCAGCACGAGCGUGCGCACCAUCUCCUAAACGAAACAAGGACCAUUCUCAAAGGGCUAGGCAAAGGUGGUCUCCCACCACUACCUCCCGGCGCCACCCAACCAUUGAAUAAACGACAUAGCCCACAAUCCAAGGCAGGCAGCCCAAGGGCCGCCACACCAGACCACGCCCGCGACCACAGCCCCCAUUCCGACACAAGCACACCUAUUCCGCGCUCAACCAAUGUUGAUCACACCAUUAUGAAUGCUCUCGACGCCGACAUCGAAGCUAGCUUGGAGUGGAUCAACCAUCCUGCCGUGUUCUCCCGCGACUCCCGCAAAGCCGUCCUCCAGGCAAUCGGAGUCAUCUCAUCCCAACGGGCUUAUACAUUCCGAACUGCAUCUGAAUCUUUAUGGGCAGAAAGAGUCACCGGAGUCAAGAGGCUCACGGAGCAGUCGAGAGAAUGGAGGGAGACAGGCGACGACGCUCUGACUGAAGAGUAA